UGUUACAUGAUUAUUAGCUAUAUUUAUUACUGAUGUAUUAAUUUUUGUACUAGGGAAGUAGUAGUAGUAUUAGCUGGUGUUUGUUUCAUUGGGCACUAAAUAACACAUUCCUGUGUAAAAUUUGAAGCCAUAUUAUCGUAACGUACAUUAUCUCUGUGGCUAUCAGUGUGAGAAAUCAUUGACAUACGACACUAAUGUGUGUAACAAAACCAGAGGGUGUAACACAGUGGUACUUUAGCAAAGACAGUACAUACAGUACAUUAGAGAGUAAACUGAGAGUCAGGAAGCUUUAAAAUCCAUCUUGUCUCCUCGGGUUAUCUUUACAUCCUCAUAUGUAAUUCAUAUAAUUCAAAAAGGGAAAUCAAUAAAGGGGUAAUAGCUUUUACCUGUUUUUGACCAGUGUUCUUUAUUUAAAAAAGAAUAUUCAUUACAAUAUUUAGUACAUUCACUGAAUGUCUAAAUUUGGUCAUUUAUGUUUGUAUCAGCACACACAGCGUAUAGAAAUCAUCAUUGCAUGCUGCAAUGUGGUGUUAUACACAACUGCUGUCACUAUCAUCGCCAAUCACAGGGAGUAUUAUUACCUGUAAUUACUUCCUUUCUAAUUAAACUUUUAAAUUAAGAUGUUAUCUGUUGAUUUAUAAAUGAGACACAUGUUUAAACAAUAUUCCAGACUAGAUUUUUUUUUUACAAAUACAAGUUGAACCACACGAAUGUAUGUUGAUGUAGAUUCUUUAGUUUAACAAUGAAAAUAAAUGUACAACGUUUAUUCUAUCUGUAACCUGGUGAUGAUGACUGUGCAGGGGUGUUCCCAUCCCAAAUACCUUCAUAUCCCAAGGUGAGAGCAGAAAACUAUAGCUAAGACACAGACAUAAUACUAGACAACACCAUAGCUUUGUCAUGUAGUAGGUCAGUUUCAUUGUUCAAGCGUGAGAUGGUCAAAGUACAAAACAAGACGAAAGGAUAAUACAAAGGAUUUGAACAAGGAUUUAGUUACACUAUAAAAGACAACAGGAGAACAUUGGUCAGACCAGUUGGAGAUACUCUGAAAGAUGCUGUGUUUGUGCUUACAGGUGAUAAGUCAAAAUAUGGCUCCACUGGGAAGGUCUACUUUGCUGCUACUCUUGGCUUUCUCGGUAUCAAUGUCGACAGGGACAUUUGCAGCAAGGAUCAUUGGGGGUCAGGAGGUCCGGCCUUACUCUAUCAAAUAUCAGGCAUCCCUGCAGUUCGAGACUGGGCAACACUACUGUGGAGGAACCCUUGUGCACCCUCAGUGGGUGGUGUCUGCUGCCCACUGCUGGAGACCGAGCACUAUGAUGAAGGUGGUGUUAAGUGAACACAGUCUGAAAACAACAGAAGGAUAUGAACAGGUCUUCAAUGUCUCAAAGAUAUACGUCCACAACUUUAAGUACAAGACUUUCAACAACGACAUCAUGCUCAUCAAGCUGGGUGAGCCGGCACAGCUGAAUGCCAAUGUCCAGCCAGCUGAGCUGCCAGACGAAAACACCCCUCCAGUUUAUGAUGACGUCUGCACAGUGAGCGGCUGGGGUGUGACACAGAUUUACAGUUACUACCUCUCCCCUGUGCUACGUGCCGUGGACGUGAGAAUUAUGCCUUACUGCAGCUAUUACUACUGGGGCAGGAUCACCUCAAACAUGCUGUGUGCUGGAUCUCGAAUGGGUGGCAAAGAUUCCUGCCAGGGUGACUCAGGUGGUCCCCUCAUCUGCAACGGUAAGUUUGAGGGCAUUGUCUCCUGGGGUAUCAGCUGUGCCAAUCCAUACUUCCCUGGAGUCUACACUAAAGUGAGGAACUACGUCCAAUGGAUCAAUUGGAUUAUUGACAACGAUACACCAUGAACAGUCACCGACAUCCUUUAUAAGCAGCCUGCAGAGACGAGCUUCUAAAUGUAUUGAUUUUGGUCACUACUGAGAACAGAUGCAGCCGAUUAAUUGCUGUAAUUUGUGUCAUAGUCAAAGGUGAUUUCUGAACCACUGCUGUGAUCUGAACACAGCAUGGAGUGAAACACAAACAUAGGUCUUUAUUAUUUUCUAGGGCUUUCUUUGUGUUUUGUAUAGUACAAGACGUUUAUUUGACACACUUUUUACGCACUAAUUGGAAUUAAUUUGGUUCUACUCUAUAGAGGCAGGGUUAUCAGUAAUUUCCACAUAUAAGAUUGGAAAUCUAUUAAUAUGCUUAUAUUUCAUUGAUUUUCAUUCAUUUGUCACCCUGAUAGAGCGAUGAGAUUCAGAAAUAAAACCGUCAUUACUUUAAUUAUUAUUAGCUGAAGCAGUAGUAGCAUUAGCAAAGACACUGAAGCUGCAUUAAUGAUGAUUCUCUGUGGGUUUGUCACUACAGUCAACACCUUUUAUAUUACAUUCAGGCAUUUUAUCCAUCACAAAUAUCAAAACACUGAUUAAUGCAGCUUUAAGAACAUCAUACUAACGUUACUGUGUCUGGUGAUACUUUCCUAAUGUUACUAAAAGCACUGAAUUAAUGAAUAAACUACCCACAGUGACAAUAAAGAUCAGUUGUUUCUCUUAUGAUAAAGACUGUCUGUUUAUACUCCCAGUAAUCUCUUGCUCUGUCCUUACAAGAAUAAAAAAGCCACCUCACAUGCUGAAUCAGUAACAUCUGUCUAAAAAAGUCAUGAGGAAGACGACAUUAAUAUUCAUGAGUCCUAGAAGGCCAAAAGAGGUUGCUUAGUGUCUCUUAUGACAAAAAAGGAACUUCUUCACCAGUAAGUCACUAUUUCUGCUCAUUUAAUUUAAUUCAAAUUUGACAUAUUGUCCAAAACAAUAACUAUGCUGGUAAAGUAGAUUAGUUGCAAUUAACCUGAACUCAGACUUACAUACUACCUGGAUUUCUGUCAAGAUAACAGUUAAGUCUCAACCUAAGCUAUAGGAACACUGAUUACGGCCACAGUACAUUUAGCAAUUCAAAGGACCAUAUGAAUGUGCACCAAUGUGAAGUUUUACCUCUUUAACUACAAGUUAUAUAUACUCUAUUACAUUUUUGCUGUCCAUUUUUGAAUGGAUGCUCUACAUUCAUCAAAAUCUGUGACAGUCUGUAAUAUUUUGAUGCACUCAUAUUUUCACAGCUGUUACACCACCAUUUUUAAUAACAGCUUUCAAAAUAUAGUAUGUGACCAUGGUAACAGCUUUUGCAGCAGCAAUACUGAAUAAGAUUAGCAUCAUUCUGCUCUUAUUCUUAGAAUAAUGCAUUUUCCAACAUGAACAGGAUAUUCUGGAAAUGUGUGGUAAGUCAAUAAUAAGGUACAAUGUCUUUCCAAAUACCCACAAUAACCACACAGCAUGAAAAUAAUGAAAUAAUAAACAUGAUGGAUUUAGCAUGAAUGCAAUCAAAUGUUCAUAUGUGUCUAUAUAAACUAUAAAAAAUUGCAAUAAUAUUAUAAUAUUAGCUUAAAAGGGCAACGAUGAAUGAGAAAACAGAAAUUUCGAAUUAAGCUUAUUCUGAAUAAAUGAACUUGACAGUAUAAACUCAUGAAGCUGUCAUGAUACCUGACACAUAACUUUUGCAGGCCUGUUAUUGAUUGAUUCAGGGCAGUUUGGGGUAGACAUGUUUGUAGUCCUUAUUUUACAACACUGCAGCCAGCAUUUAGGAAUCAUACUUGGACUUUUCUUCCAGUUACUUUUACCACAUUUGGGCCAAUAUAAACCUGCUAAGACCUAUUUUUCCAAAUCCAAGUUUAAGACCAUGCUUAAUUCUUAUAGGUUUUAUACAUACAGGUUCAGAUCACAU